AUGGGUAUUUCAUAUGCCUCAUUGGGGUGUGACAGUGACGAUGAUGGGAGCCCCAGCCCUUCUCAUAUAAGGAAAAGAGUCAGAAUAUCGAGUGCUGAUGAAUCAUUUUAUAUCCCUAGAAAUUCUAAUGGGCCGCGAAACCCUUCAAGAGGUUUUGGUUCCAGUAGCGAAGACACUGAAACCAGUCAAGGUGAGGACGAGGAGUUGAUUCUUCACAGGGAAGCUAUUGAAAGAACCCGAUCCCAUACUAAUUUGACAAGACAACAUAGCAGAAGUAUCUCUUUAUCAACAAGCCUACAUGGCACUACAACAAAUGUCCCAUCUAACGAUCCCGCAUUGGUGAAUACUGGCCAAGAGAUGGAUAGCACCAUACCUUUGAAUGCGAUCGCCACAGACGACCAAAGUGAUCUGAGUAUUAUUGAAAGUGCCAGAGAAACUAGCUUAAGGAGAUCUCAUUCUAUUAGGAGACCAAGAAUUGCUUUUACCACUAAUGAUAGUAUUAUAAAUCCGAUUGAUGGCGAAGGUAACAACAGAUUAUCGGGUGAUGUUAAUACAAACUCCAGAGAUGUUGGAGGCUCACGUUCAAGUAGCGGAAAUAGAGACAAUAGGACAAUUGUCCAUGGGAUUUUGAGAUCAAGUCGCUCGAGUAGUAUCACGGUACCUCAUGUUCAUUCUCCAAAUCGCACUAAUAUCAACACAUUCAAUAAUCUUUUCGUGGAUGCAAACGUUUCGUCUGUACUUGGAAGAGAAAAUAAUUCAGCAGUAUCAGAUGAUGAUGAUGAUAUUCUGGAUAUUAAUAAUAACUUGAUCUCUAAUGACGAAAACUCCGAUGGUUUUCCUGCCCUAGUAGGGAGCGAAACCCCUAACAAUAAUAAUAAUGACAGUAAUAAUCCAAACCUUCUUAAUUCACUCCAAACAUUGCAGAAUACCCUAAGAAAUUCUGCAAUCGAUCCUGAUUCUAAUGCAAAUCAAAUCUUGAGAUCCAGAUCAAAUUCAAGAUCAACAUCAAGAGUUCACUCAAGAGUUUUGUCUCCUCCCCCUAUUUCCAGGGUCACUUCACCAACACCAUCUUCCAGAAACAGACCACGAUCGCCUUCGACUUCAACCAGAAAUGGAUCACCCCCGCCAUCUGAUUAUGAUAUUGGUGAUUUUUUAGCGCGCCAAACUGAAGAAGACGAUGAACAUAUUGGUGCAAUUCAAAGGUUAGAAAAUGAAAUAUCAGCCACUCUGACUGCAAAUAGAGAUCUUAUCCAGCGCUGUCUUGAAGUUUUUAAUGAAGUGGAUGGUGCAAACUCGCACCAAUAUCAUGAGAGACUAGUCCAUUUGUAUAUUUCGUUGUUAGAACUAAUUCUUCUUUCAAGACAUUAUACUGCUCUCUCGUCAAAUGAAGUAUCGAGAGGCCCUCUAAAUCAACGUAUACGAAGAAGAGAGACAUCUACAGAUUUGAGGAAUUUAGCAAACCAGGAAAAUAUUAGUCAUGAUCAUAACUACCUCCGUGAGAUAGUGCUGGUUAACACUGAUAGUAGUUCGGAUAGUGAAGAUAAUGAGCCGUUUAGGCCAAAUUCUAUGAAUGGCUCAGGAGGCUUUUUAAGAAGAUUUCUUGAAAGAUCAAAUAAUGCAACCGUCGGUGAGUCAGACCCUAUUCCUCGACAAGAUAGAGUCAUUAGGAUAUUACAGCCUCCCGUGCCUACUGGAGUGGCCAGAACCUCACAUCAUAUUUCUCUGCAUACUAGCAGGUACGUAAAUCAUCAAAGAUGGCAUAGCAGUGUUAGGGGAAACUCUCCUUUGAGGCUAUUAAGUAGUGAUCACAGAUUGGGUAGUCCUGAGUCACCGCGUAUUCUUCACCAGAUGAUCAAUAGAAUAUCUCAUGAAAUGAUGCGUGAUUCAUUGAAUACGUCACAAACUACGAAUAUUGAAUCAGAUGAACCAUCUACUAGUGAAACAAGUAGAAAAGCUCUAUCUGAAGACAUUAUGGAUAGGAAUGUGGAAUGCUUGGUAGGUGCUACCUAUGAAACAACUAAGCUAAGAGAAUUUGUUAGAAGAGCUAUUAAGAGGCGAGCUGGUGUCUCGUUUUCUGAUAAAUCUGUCGAAAAAACUGAUUCUAUUUUAGAGAAUGCCGCAAAAAAUGAUGGUGUUUCUGAAACGAAGACCAUUCAUUCAAAUGCCCAAACUCUGGAUAAUGAAUCUGAUAAAUCUGAAAUCAUUGGUUCUUCGUUAACGAAACGGAGUUUAGAAGAAUCAGAUGGAGGUAAAGACUCCAAGAAAAGAAGGGUCAAUAAGUAA